AUGGGGGGUGUAAGCAACAAUAUCGCAUUAUAUGAUGAAAUACUUUAUACGAGUGAAAUCAAACUUCAAAGAGAAUCCAGAGAUAUAAUGAUUAAUACGUGGGCCAUAGAGAAAUGUUUAGAAGAACAUGUAAUAAAUGAUACCUUAGGAAGUGACAUAGAUCAUGUUUAUACUUAUAAUGGAACCGGAAUAACAUGUUUAGAACACGCCCCUAUUUUAACUAAAAGCACCGUGAUAAGAGCGAGUAUACUUUCGGUUAUAGCAAUUUUAUCUUUCAUUGGUAAUUUUGCAACUAUGAUAAGUGUUCAGAGAGGAAAACGAGGUCGACGACGUACAAGACCGUCAUGGACAGCGAUAUACAGCCUAAUAUUCCAACUUAGCAUAGCAGAUUUAUUGGUGACCAUAUUUUGCAUAGCAGGAGAAGCUGCUUGGUCUUUCACAGUUCAAUGGUUAGCUGGAAAUGCCAUGUGUAAAAUAUUCAAGUUCUUACAAAUGUUUUCUUUGUACUUGAGCACAUUUAUCCUCGUACUGAUCGGGGUAGACAGAUGGCUAGCAGUUAAAUAUCCUAUGAAGAGUAUGGCAACAGCCUCACGGAGCGUAAGAUUGGUUAUAAUUGCAUGGAUACUCAGUUUCGUUUUAAGUAUACCUCAGGUGGUGGUUUUUCGUGUGGCAAAAGGACCAUUUCUGGAAGAUUUUUACCAAUGUGUCACCCAUGGCUUUUACACGGAGAGAUGGCAGGAGCAAACAUAUACCACACUUUCUCUGGUAUUCAUGUUUAUUCUUCCGCUUAUCAUCUUAACAGCAACAUAUGUUUCAACUGUUCGAACUAUAGCGAAGAGUGAAAAGGUGUUUCAGCCAGAAGUGAAACAAGAAAAGUAUCUAACCCCAGAUAUGAAUCGCCGUCGCCUUAUAGACCGGGCGAAAAUGAAAUCUUUAAGAAUGUCUGUUGUUAUCGUCACGGCUUUUAUAAUUUGGUGGACACCAUACUACGUUAUGAUGGUCAUAUUUACAUUCCUUAAUCCCGAUAAAAAUCUGAGUGAGGAUCUUCUAUCGGGAAUUUUCUUUUUCGGCAUGUCUAAUAGUCUUGUCAAUCCAGUGAUAUACGGCGCUUUUCAUUUGUGGCCUAAAAAGAAACGACCUAGAAAUAGUGACAGAGAAUCAGGGGGACCGCAAGCAUCCCUCUUACGUCGUGGGGAUCAUACUUCCUCUGUAAGGCUAACCACAAUCCGUUCUCUCAGGUCGUCAGCAAAAUCAUCGAACGGUCAAAAUAUGAGUUUAUUAUAG